CUGUUGGGGGCGGUUCAAGUUGAAAACGCGGGGGUUCAAAACAUAUUUUCUUUUUACAGGGUGCUUUUCUUUCUCCAGCCAUCGAGUUAGCAGCGAUGGAAAGACAGAAAAAUUUCAGCCGCCUCCGAAGCCCGUCAUUAUUGACAAGCAGAAGCAGAGAGAGGAGAGGAGGUUCUUGAGCCCUGAAUUUAUACCUCCCAGAGGGAGAACAGAUCCUCUUAAAUAUUAUAUGGAGAGAAAGGAUAUGAUACAGAGACGGAAAGUCUUCAACAUCCCAGAGUUCUAUGUUGGCAGCGUGCUUGCCGUGACGACUGCAGACCCGUACGCCCCCGAGAAGGCCAGCCGGUUCGUGGGCAUCUGCAUUCAGAGGGGAGGAAAAGGACUUGGGGCCACCUUUGUCCUUCGGAAUGUUAUAGAGGACCAAGGCGUUGAAAUCUGUUACGAACUGUACAGUCCUCGAAUCCAGGCGAUCGAGGUUCUGAAGCUGGAGAAGAGGCUGGAUGACAACCUGAUGUACCUGCGAGACGCGCUCCCGGAAUACAGCACUUUUGAUGUGAACAUGAAACCCGUGUCUCGUUCAGACCACGAGGAAAUUCACGUAAACGAGCUGCAGGUACGAAUGAAACCUAAACCAUGGUCUAAAAGGUGGGAAAGGCCAAAGUACAAUAUAAAAGGAAUAAAGUUUGAGCUACCUGAACAAAAAAUGAAAGAAGCACAGAAGUGGAGCCAGCCCUGGCUAGAGUUUGAUAUGCUGCGAGAAUACGAUACUUCAAAGAUAGAGGAGAAGAUUUGGAAAGAAGUGAGUGAAGAGCUUAAAAAAUAAAAAUGGUUUGUGCUGUCUAGGAAUUACAGAGAAAAUUAAUAUUUACUUUCAAUUUACUGUAUGGAUUGUCAGCUGGCAAGUUUUGUAUAUACAUAGGGAAAAUAAAGUUAACCUUUCCAGGAAAUUUCAGA